AUUUUAUAUAAUAUAAAUGCACCUUUUAUAUUAAGAAUCAUCAAAUCGAAAUUUAGAAUAUCUAAUUUUAUAUUAUGCAGAUUCAUUCUGAGUACACAUUUAACUUUGAUUGGGAGACUGUAGUUAAAGGAUUUUGGAGGAAAUAUCCUUGCAAGGAAUUUGAUUUCAUUCAAUUCAAUUAAGUCGUAGAUAUGAUGCUUAAUGAUAAUAAUACUAUGUCUAUUAAGAGAAUUGUAUAAUGUUUUUAAUGUAUAUUUAGGUUUAUGCUAGUAAAUUUAUGGUUUUGUGUUUGACUUUAGAAGAAAUAACAUUUGAUAUAUAAAAUAGGAGUAUGUAAAUGCAAACGAAGUUACUGAAAGCUUGCAAAUAUUAUCCAAAUCUUUCAGGAGAUGAAUCAAUUAUUUACAAAGCAAUAGAUGAUUAAAAAACACAUUACUCUGUAUAUAAGCUAAAUAUUAAUAGAAACUAUUGUCGAAUUUUCACUAAACUUUUGUUACUAAAUUGUUGUCUCAAUUCAAUAGUUCUUUUAAAAAAGGUAUUGAAGUAGUCGAAGCUAGAUGUAGAGAGCUUUAAAACAAUUAAUGA